AUGUCCGGUCAAGUCACUGAUCAAAAGAAAUACAGUGAACUGAGAGAUACAUAUAAAAGUUAUAUCGAUCCAUACAUUGCAUUGUAUCAAUUAAAAGCCGAUAAUGAUGAAGAAUUAACCUCGAUUUACAAAACACUCAAAACAAAUUUGAUUGAUUCUAAGAAACGUCACGCACAAGAUGUUAUACGAGACAUUUUUAAUAUUAUUCCGUAUAAUAACCGCUACACAAAGUCAUACUUGAGACUUGCAAAAUUUUUUGUUGAUGAAUAUCAAAUCAAAGUUGUCACAUAUAUUCCAGACAUUUCUCGAUACCUAUUUCAUAAAGAAUAUGGAACAUAUUUAUGCGAAUCAACCGAUUUCAAAUUCGAAAAAAUCGAAAAUCUCGACAUUCAUUCAGAGAAUACAAUUUACAGAGCUAUUAUGUACAAUGACCUCGAAAAAAUCAUCACAUUCACAGAACAAGAAGACUUUAAUGAAAUCCAAGAACUCUUUAAUGUGUUAUAUCCAUCGAAUGGACAAUCAUUAGAAUUUUAUACAUUACUCGAAUUAUGUUGUUAUCACGGCUCAGUUGAUUGUUUCAAGUUAUUAUUGACUAAAUUUCACUCAGAAAUCACGGAAAGUGUCUUGAAUUAUCAUUUUUAG